GUGGCAGAAGCAGGAAGUCCUCACACCGAGCAAACAAACAGGAGAAACAAAUCAAUGGGAGGCAUAUCAUCGUAAUCUUUUAUCUUUUAUUGAAAGCUGUAGAAAUGGAGAACAUGGUGACAGACAGAAGAGAUGAACCACAGACAGAGUUUCUCUACUGCUCUGGAGCCGUCACUGAGGUGCUCAGAUUUGGCUCCCCUCAGUUACACUCCGGACACAAAGUGCUUUUUCUCAUCAUUCCAGGUAACCCAGGUGCCGUCGGCUUCUACAGAACCUUCAUGCAAACAAUUCACAGUACGUUUGGAUACCAGCACCCGGUGUGGGCAGUAAGCCACGCUGGACACUGUGUACCCCCAGAUUCUAUGGACAUGAUAGAAGAUCCCUCCUCAGCGGCAGAGGGUGACGUGUUUGGUAUCAGCGGGCAGAUCGAACACAAGUUGGCUUUCCUCAGGAAACAUGUCCCCAGAGAAACCAGUCUGGUGCUGGUGGGACACUCCAUCGGCUGUUACAUUAUUCUGGAGAUGAUGAAGAGAGAUCCUGAACUCAAGAUUCUAAAGGCUGUCAUGCUGUUUCCGACCAUUGAGCGCAUGGCUCAGACUCCUCAGGGGAAGGUCAUGACUCCUGUGCUGUGUCAGAUGCGCUAUGUGGCCUACCUGCCAGUCUUCCUGCUCUCUCUGCUGCCCGACCGACUCAAAACCAGUCUGAUUAAACUGGUGUUCAGUGGCAUCAAAUGUCUGGACCAAACUGUUGUCCAGCCUACUGUAGGUCUGCUCAGUGGAGACUGUGCAGCAAAUGCUAUGUACAUGGGGGGCCAGGAAAUGAGGAAAGUUCUGGAAAGAGACAACAUAACCAUCAUGAACAACCUGGGAAAGCUGAUAUUUUACUACGGAGCCACAGACCACUGGUGCCCCGUUCAGUAUUUUCACGACAUCAAACAGGACUUUCCACACGGAGAUUUCAGGCUGUGUAAAAACGGAUUCAGACACGCCUUCGUCCUGGACACUGGGAGAGAAGUUGCCAAAAUGGUGGUUGAAUGGAUCCGUGGAGAUUUAAGGACAUGAAUCUGAAAAUAUGUGAUAUGAACGCUGUGGAAGAGUCUCAAUGUCCCGAGGCAGAGGGCGUUUUUUUAUUUGCAGUGGUCAAGCAAUGGAAAAGAGAAGGAGAGCUUGAUGCAAAGAAAAUAUCAAAUAUAAACAUACUAAUAUAUUUUUAUUGACGUGGUGUUGAGCUAUUCAUUUAAACUGGCCGCUGAUAUAAAGUGGUUUCACUUUUUAGAGAAGUGAUCAGUGUUGUAUUUAUACAUCUAAAGCACGAUUGUAGCACUUAUUAGUAUUUUAAGUGCUAGUUUUCACUUUGACAACUUCAUUUCACAUUCCUCUUUACAGUUGCGAAAAAGAUGUUUGAGUUUUUGAAUCUACCUGAACAAUGACUUCAACAGCACCUGCAAUUAAGGUUGUCAAAAUGUUCGAUACUUUUGGAUACCAUGAGUUUUAAAUGCUACAAUUUUAAUGAUCGAGCCCGUUCCGAUAAUAUCGGUCGAUGUUAGCAUAUCCAGUUACUAUCAGUAUCGGCUAACUUUAUCGCACAUAUGCGACGAUAAUACUCGAUUUAUUACCAGUCAAACUGCAUUAUCGUUGGAUUACACUAGCAGUUCUCAGUAACCAGCAGAGGGCGCUAUAUGGAUUACAAUAAGCGUUAUUACUCCAGAGUGACAAGCCGUGGUGCACCUACAUGCAAAGUUACUUUCCUGUUGAGUGACCAGCUUGUCUUGAUUCUGUAAAUCUUCUCCACAAUGUUGAUAACUGCUUUUGAGGGAUCAACUCAUUUGAUCUGUUUAUUGAGAUCUAUUUAUCUCUACAGAUCGAACAUAGAUUCAAAAAGAUAUCGGCCAAUAUAUCCCAGAAUCAGACAUUUUUCCUUCCCAAUGUCGAUAUCGGUAAUGGCCCCAAGAAUUUCAUAUCGGUCGGGCCCUACUUUAAAAUACUUCAGAUCUUCAGUCGUACUCUUAAACCCAAAGUUGCCUGCGGGGUUGAGAUAGAGAGAAGUGGUGGUCACAGGUCAGUUCACCUGGAUCAUAUUUGUCAUGUCACUGACUAAAGUGCACAGAUAAAAUGCCAAUGAGUUUGCUUGCAAUAUUUUCUUAAUUUCAAACAACAUCGGGUGCCUAGGACCUUUUUGUGUUGUUGCCAUGGCAUCCAGACGGGUACUGAUAUUGUUUGAUUCUCACCUGUAUCAUACUGAAGUUUAAAGUUGUGGUGCUGUGAAACACAUAUGCCUUUUUGAUUUUCAACCUAUUUUCAUCCACCGUGUCUGUGACACAUCAGAGCUUCUUUUAUCAAUAAAGGAACGAGAACUCCUGGA